AUGGAUUCCAAAGAAUUGCUUAACUCGUCAGAUCAAGACAAAACAAGGAAAAAUGUGCUCAUCAGUACCAAAGGAGGGAUCGUGAUGGACUUUCAUCCACCCUUCAGGGGUGGAGCUACCGUACAAGCCCCUGGCUCUACAUCUCCUCUCCCCGCGUCUUCUCAGUCAGAUUCCAAUCAGCAACCUGCUCUGGCUGACUUCUCAAAAGGAUUAGUAAACAAUGUGCCUCAGCCAGACCUUUCCAAGGCAGUAUCGCUCUCGAUGGGACUGUACAUGGGCGAAACAGACGCAAAAGUGAUGGGAAACGACCUUGGAUUUUCGCAGCAGGGCCAAAUCGGCAUCUCUUCUGGAGAAACAGACUUCAGGCUCCUGGAAGAAAGUAUUGCAAGCUUGAACAAGUCCUCGAGCCUGGCCGAGGACGCAAAGGGAGCAAUAUCUUCUGAGGUGCCACUCGAGCCGGAUUUCCCGGGCAUGGCUGGUCGCAACGUCCCUCUAGAGUCAGGAACUGCAGUCCAGAGCCAGGUUGGCUCGAAUGGCGGCAACUUGAAAUUAUUCUCUGAAGACCAAAGCACCCUGGAUAUUCUCCAGGAUUUGGAAUUGCCGCCGGUAUCGCCUGGCAAAGAGCCCAACGGGAGCCCGUGGAGGCUCGACCCGUUGCUCGAUGACGGUGGCUUGCUGUCCCCCAUAUCUGCAGAUGAUGCAUUUCUCCUGGAAGGAAGUCUCGGUGAAGACUGCAAGCCUCCUAUUUUAUCUGACACUAAACCUAAAAUUAAUGACCGUGGUGACCUUUUACCCAGUUCCAAGAUGCCAAUGCCUCAAGUGAAAACGGAAAAGGAAGACUUCAUUGAACUCUGUACUCCUGGCAUAAAGCAGGAAAACAUGGGCCCAAUUUAUUGUCAGGCAAACUUCUCUGGGUCUAAUCUGCUGGGUACGAAAGUCUCUGCCAUAUCCAUCCACGGCGUCAGUACCUCUGGGGGACAAAUGUAUCACUAUGAUUUAAAUACUGCAUCGCUCUCUCAGCAGCAGGAUCAGAAACCAAUUUUUAAUAUCAUUCCAUCUCUUCCUGCCAGUUCAGAAAAUUGGAAUAGGUGCCAGGGAUCGGGGGAUGAGACGUUGGCUCCUUUGGGAACGCUCAACCUUUCUGGCAGACCUGCUUUCUCUAAUGGCUACUCAAGGUAA